CAAAAAAGUCCACAGCUAUCCGUUUUGGAUUUAUGACAAUGGAGACCGUAUGUCUCGACAAAUCAGCUUUAAAAGCAGUGGAUGAGUACUGGGAGUACAGAAGGAUUGUGGGUGACGAUGAUGGAGGCAGACUGUUCACCCCGGAGCAAUUUGAGGAGUACAAGAGGACGGUGGUACCUCGACGAAUAAAAAACAGGCUGUAUGUGAGCUUUGGGGUGCCAGGAGGUAUCGACUGCAAACCCAUUGGUCCUGAGACACAGUGCUUCUGUACACAUAGGUACAAGCAACAUAAGACAGACUUUGAAGUGGUUCCUGCUGGGCGGCCCCUGGCCCUACCAUGCCAGGUCAUGGGAUGUCACUGUCCUGCGUAUCAGUAUGUUCCUCGAAAUGGGCCAAACCCUCUCCGCUGCAGGUGUAAACACUUACCUCAGGAUCACAGUGAAGCUACUGGCCACUUGUGCAAGAAGUGCAGCUCUUGUUCUGGAUUCCAGAGCUCCUACACCUGUGGGUGUGGCCAGCCCUACUCUGCCCACCAGACCCUGGUUGAAACGAAACCUGAGAGGAAGGCACGAGGUCGGCCAGUAGGUAGGGACGUCCCAUAUGCGGCCAUGGGGGGGCUGACGGGGUUCAGCUCCCUAUUGGACGGCUACCUUGCUCUAGAAGCCUGUGGCUCAGAUCAAGACAGAGAAGAUGACUGCCAGCCGAGAAGCUCAGCACCAAGGACUAACCAAAUGUCUACUAAAGCGUCCAGCUUGGUUCUCUGUAAAAGAAAGACCAACAAACAUUAA